AUGGCAGAAUAUGAGGCAUGUAUCUAUGAUUUAGAGGCGACACUCGACUUGAGGAUCAAGAUUCUUGAGGUAUUUGGUGAUUCAGCUCUGGUAAUCAGUCAAGUGAAAGGAUAUUGGGAGACUCGGGGCAAGUUGAUACCUUAUAAAGAGCACAUCAGAAAACUGGUACCCUAUUUUGGUGAAAUCUCUUUUCAUCAUAUUUCUAGGGAGGAAAAUCAGUUAGCGGACGCUCUAGCCACGUUGGCAUCUAUGUUCAAAGUCAAAUGGAAGAAUGAAGCACCAUCCAUCCAGAUUGACCACUUAGAUGAACCAACACAUUGUCUAGCAAUUGAGGCCGAUCCUGACGAUAAGCCUUGGUUCUAUGACAUAAAAACAUUUCUGGAGAAACAUCAAUAUCCCGAGGGUAUAUCCAUUACCGAUAAGAAAGCUCUGAGAAGACUCUCUUCCAAGUUCUUCCUAAAUGGUGAUGUAUUAUACAAAAGGAAUUAUGAUUCUGUACUGCUCAGAUGCGUGGAUAGACACAAAGCUAGUACAAUCAUAAAGUCCAUACACGAAGGCUGUAAGGGUGUACAUGCAAAGGGUCCUGCUAUGGCCAAGAAGAUCCUUCGGGCUGGUUAUUAUUGGACACUAAUGGAGGUUGAUUGCUACAAUUUUGUGAAAAGAUGCCAUAAGUGUCAGAUAUAUGGUGACAAGAUCUUUGUGCCACCAACUCCAUUGAAUGUUUUGACUUCUCCAUAG